CUCACUAUUAAAUACUAUUAACACCGUUUACUUUCACUGAAAAUUAUCAUUUUUAUUUUUAUUAUUAAUUUUCGCCUACCCCAAUUUUUCUGAUCGGCGAUCGACGGAAUCCCUAAAUCCUUGCCGUCGAUUAAUUUUCACUCAAAAUCCCCAAUUUGAAACCCUAAUUUGUUUCCUCCACUCAGUUCAGUGUACUCCCCCCAAAAAAGGUUUGAAUUUUUUGUUUCCUUUUUUAAUUGUACUGAGAUUCAGAAAUUAGCUCAAAAUCUUGAUUUGCUCAAGCUAUGAAGGACACGUGCCGAUCUGGGUCUUGCUUCACUUCCAUUGCUGCUCAAAUCUCAAAAAAAUGAGAUGGCUGAAUAUGAUAAUUUGGCUUCUUUUAUGGUUAAGCAUUUUGGGAUCAGUAUAACUUUUGUUUUGAGAGUUUGGUUUUGAAAAUCGUCUGAAUUUUCUGAAUGGAAGCAAACAAAGAGGAGGCUCUUAAAGCGAAAGAAAUCGCUGAGAAGAGAUUUUGUGAAAGAGACUUUGCAGGUGCUAAGAAUUAUGCAUUAAAGGCGAAAUCAUUGUAUCGUGGAUUGGAGGGUAUAUCACAGAUGGUGUCCACAUUCGAAGUUUAUGUUGCUUCUGAGGCUAAAUGUAAUGGUGAAAUUGAUUAUUAUUCAAUUCUUGGGUUGAAGCCCUCUGCAGAUAAAGAAGCAGUGAAGAAACAGUACAAAAAGAUGGCUGUGUUACUACAUCCUGAUAAGAAUAAAUGUGUGGGAGCUGAUGGGGCAUUCAAACUUGUAUCUGAAGCAUGGACUUUGUUGUCAGAUAGAUUCAAGAAAAGUUCCUAUGAUAUCAAGAGAAACAAACAAAUGCCUUCCGGAGUGGUUCAAACUCCAACAUAUGCUGCUGCGGUUACAGGUGCCAGCAACUGUUCAAAUUCAAUCUCACUAGGUAGACUUGAUACUUUUUGGACUGUAUGCACAUCUUGUAAGGUUCAGUAUGAAUAUCUUCGGAAGUAUGUCAAUAAGAGACUUUCAUGUAAGAACUGCCGAGGUACUUUCAUUGCUGUUGAAACUGGGUCAGCCCCGGUGAAUGGUUCUUUCCCCUAUUGUCCUUGGUCUUAUGUGCCAAGUAAUGGAUUUGGAAGUCAUGGAUAUGACGGGGUCACAUAUGUCCCAACAAAUGCUACUUUUUUUACUGGAAAUGGGGUCUCAAGUUAUCAUUCUGGACAUGGAUAUGAGUAUGUUCCUAACAUGUCAUUUCAGUGGAGCUCAUUCUCUGGAGCUUCUACUGGGAUUGCGGGCCAUAAUGGAGUGUCAGCCAUUUCCACUGAUGCUGUUUAUCAGACCAACGGAGAUGCUAGAGGAGCAGGGUCAAAGGUGAAAUCAGGUACCAUUGGAAAACGUUCCAUGAAAAACUUUGCCACUCAGACAACUCCAAAUUUGUUCAAUGGCUAUAAUGAAUCUUCAGGAUCUAAGACUGGUGGACUUGAGAAGAAAAGGAAGGUUAUUGUUGGUUCCGAUUUUGGAAAUGGAUAUGACGACAAGGGAUUAAAAUCUUCAGAAGCUGGAUUAGCAAAUGGAAAUGGUGUAGAGUCUGAUACAAAGUUUUCCAAUCCAAGUGAACCUCCAAAUAAGCGAGUCUCAAUGGCACCUGCAUUUGAUACUAGAAAGUUGUUAAUUGACAUGGCGAGGACAGAAAUUCGGAAGAAAUUGGAAGAGAUUAGAUUGGCUUCUGAGGCAGUUACAGCAGUUUCAACAGUUAAAUUAGGCACCGAAUAUGAUCAACCUCCACCAGCUGGAAAGGCUCCCAAAUGGACAAAUUUGGCUGCUUCUGUUCAUCAAUCAGCAUCAAAUAAAAGUGCACCAAUCUCAAUUACAGUUCCCGACUCCGACUUUCAUGAUUUUGACAAAGACAGAUCAGAGGAAUGCUUCAAACCAAAGCAAAUAUGGGCUUUGUAUGACGAAGAUGAUGGUAUGCCUCGUUUGUAUUGUUUGAUUCGCCAGGUUGUCUCUAUAAAACCAUUUAAGAUUCUCAUCUCUUACUUGAACUCCAAAACUGAUAACGAAUUCGGGUCAGUGAAUUGGCUGGAUUAUGGGUUUACUAAAUCUUGUGGACACUUCAGGGCAUGGAAUUCUGACAUUAUUGAACAAGUCAACAUUUUCUCUCAUCUUCUGAGAGAAAAGGCUGGAAGGGGAGGCUGUGUUCGCAUAUUCCCCAAAAGUGGAGAUGUUUGGGCUGUUUAUCGGAAUUGGUCACCAGAUUGGAACAGGUCAACUCCUGAUGAUGUGAGGCACCAAUAUGAGAUGGUCGAGGUGCUCGAUGAUUACUCUGAAGAGCUUGGAGUUUGUGUUACUCCCCUUAUCAAAUUGGUCGGAUUCAAGACAGUAUAUCAGAGAAAUACAAACAAGGAUGCCAUUAGAUGGAUUCCGAGGACAGAGAUGUUUCGCUUUUCUCACCAGGUUCCAUCUUGGUUACUUAAAGCAGAAUCUGGUAAUUUGCCCGACCGUUGUUGGGAUUUAGAUCCAGCUGCAACUCCAGAUGAACUUCUACAUGCUGCAACAGAAGCUAAGGCUAAACAUAACCUUGUCAUGCAGGAAAAGCAUGAUUAGUUUGGAAUUUCAUUUGCCAUUCUUAACAGAAAUUUUAGAUUGACUGUAGAAACAUUUCACAUUUGGUUAACGGCCAAUGCAACAUUAACUCCUGAUGAUUUUAGAGGAUGUAAUAUUGCUGAGGAACAGUAUCCGAGCAUCUACAAUUCUGAAUCUAUUGACUGUUGAUUACCAAAAAAAAUGCUUUUCGCAGCUGAGAACUAAUGCAGUAAGUUUAAUUCAGAGAGGGUCUUGCUCUUCCGUUGGGCCUAAUGCAACCACACUUGGCUAGCUACCCGGCCAGUGCAGGUGUUAGACUAUCAGGAAGCAAAAGGAAAAGCAUAAAAUCACUGAAUCAAGGUGUGGAUGUUGGAUCGAGUUAGAGUAAGUUCAAUUCUUAUGAUACAAUGGUUUCUUUCUUUUUUUUUUCUUCAUCUACGCUCGGCCUGAAGUCUUUCUCCAGAGAUCCUUGUUGUAAAUUGAUAUUUAGCAGUUAGACUAAUUAUCAAACUUAAGCUUAUUUUUGCUCAAUCAUUGUUGUAUGCAUCUUUGAUUUAAGAAAUGUAAGCACAUGGACGAUGCAUGAAAUGAGCAAAUAUGCAUGUUGUUACUGUGAAAUUUUUUGUUUGUGAAUU